CAACUACUCCGUUAACAACAGAAGACUCAAUCCUACGACUUAGACCAAUUCAAACUUAACAAUAAAACACUUAAAACUUGAUAAAACUUCCUAUUCUUCACUCUCUACUCCGGUUGACCAUUGAAGUCAGUCAACCCGAGUGAAUAUGAUAAAAACCAAGUGUAAAUCGAACUCAAGAUCGAACCAAACCGAAACCUGAUUGAAUACGCGGCUCGUGAGAAAAUCAAUGGGUGUUUCUGACCGUAGUAAAAAGGUAGAGAAAGAGUUAUGUUGUUGAGUUGUGCAAAUGAAGAGAGUGACGUGAGCGUAUAAAAAAGGUUACGGACAGUGCAGGGACUUGAAGAGGUUACACAACAGUAAAUAAUACAAUACGGGAGGACUCGCUUUGGUCGCUUCCAAUUUCAAUUUGCUUCUCACUUUCUCUCUCCUCCCGCUUCUCUCUUUCUCUACUUCCUUACAAUUACAACACCAUGAGCUCCUCCGAUGGCGGCUCCUCCUCUAGGGUUUCGAUUCCUCGCCAUCUUCGCAAAACCCUCGAGAGUAUCAGGGAGAUUACGGGCAAACAACAUUCCGACGAGGAUAUCUUCGCUGUCUAUAAGGAUUCCUUCAAUGAUCCUCAUGAGACCGCUCAGAAACUCCUCUUUUUAGAUACGUUUCAUGAGGUGAGAAGUAAAAAGGAGAAAAGGAAGGAGAGUAUAGUGCCAAUCAUUCAAACAAGUGGCAGAGGUGGUCGGAGGAACUUUGCUUCAAGUAAAACUUAUCAAGGUAAUGGAAGAAGUGCAUCUUUUAAAAGGGAUAAUGGAGCUGUUCAUGCAACAAGAGGUUCUAGAACUGCCCAGCCUGCUACAAACAUCACAGUACAUAGUGAAAUGAAGGAUUCUGGUCCUACUAGUCUCCCGAGUGAGGUCAAUCAUAAAGUUCAAGAUGAUCCUUCUUUGAUUUCCGCUUCCUGUUGCAGUAGCCAGUCAGAUCAAGUCGCAGAAAUUGAGACUGCAUCCAAUAAAGUCAAAACUCAAUCGUUUCUCAAGUCAGAUGUUAGGGAACAAUCACACGUAACAUUUCCUUUCCACCUUCAGGAUGCCAAACUACUGCAAAAUGGUCUGACAUUUGGCAGUUUUGAUUCCAAUUUCGUGAACGAGGCAUCUUCUAACAAUCGUGCCAGUGGCGGAGAUGAUGAGAGGGAACCUUCUCCCACUACCAGUGGUAUUUCUGGGGUUGCUUCUGCCAGAGAAGAAACAUCAACUUUUUCUGAAGAUAAGGAUCAUGGAAUUUCAAAUUUGGCACCUGGAGCUCACAUUAUCCCACCUGUAGAAGAAGUAUUGAAGGAGGAAGCUUUAUCAAACACAGAAACUCAUCAAAUUGCUUAUGGUCAAGAAGCUCCACUCAGUAUGUUUGGUCUUGUCCCCUCUAUAUCAGCAAUAGGCCAGCCUGCAAACACAGAAGCAGCCGAGACUCAGCCUGGAGCUCCAGCUAUUUCAUUAGUAUCAUAUCCUCCGGAUCAGGUCUCCAUAGCAGCAGCCUCUCAACAGGCAAAUCUUUAUAGGCAGCAAUACCCUCCCAAUUUCUUCCCUUACAGUCCCUAUUACUCACAGUUUUAUAUACCACCGCCGUACAUUCACCAGUUUGUGAACCCAAACGGGAUCCCUCAGCAGUCUUAUUUUCCACCAGGAGCUGCUCUCACAGCACCUUCUCAUGUAGGCAACACCGAAAACCCUUCCCCCACAAAUCCAUCCCUACAAGCUUCUUCCACUGUUGCUACUCACAUCCCAUCUGCAACCGCCUUAAAUUCUAUCCAUAGUGAAGAAAAUGCAUCACGCCUGACUGAAAGUGCAGCUGCAUGGGUUGGACAGGGAUUUGGCAACCUGCAGGUGAAUCCAAUGUACAACUUAGCAUUCCAAGGUCCGCCACUCGGUUUUCCAGUUAUGCAGGGUGGUCAUGGUGGCCUCAUGGGAAUACACCAACCAACACUGCCCAUGACCGCUGCUUCAACUACAUAUCAGACUUUACCGCCAGGGCCACACACCACAACGGCUAUGGCUGAACCCACAGGACACCCGCACAUCGCUUAUCAGCAACAUCAAGCUGCCCCAACGAAUUGGGUCAACAAAUAUUAGCUCAAGGGGGUAUAGAGUUACACAUCAAACGCGUAAUAGAGAUGUUAAAGUCUGGAUUUUUGGGUGUAAAUACUUAGGAACCAUCAUCCCCAGAGAAAUUUAGGUUGACAAUUACAAGAAGGAAGAAGAUGUGCAUCAUAGUAGCAAACCUUUUGCCACAUUUUUUGUUGUGAGACCAUACAGGAAAUACAUAAAAGAAUGUACUGGAUGAUCCCUAUGGAAUAAUUUUUUGAAACAUGCAGCCUCUCUAUAUGCAUGCCUCGUUAGUCUGAAUGUGACUUUAACCGAA